CUCACAGCGUUGUGACCUUGCUGUAAGAGGCGUGACGCCGGCUUCCUCCUAAACAGAGGUGACAUCUAAGCUGCGCGCUUACCAUUGACCCUUGUAAGUUUAUUGUUUUGGGAGCCAUGGCAGCAUCUAUUAGCCGCCUCGCUAGUGUUUUACCAUAUUUGUUAAUUUACCGAGCGACACUUACCAGGCAAGCGGGUGUUCUAAGUAGUAGUGGUAGCAGUGCCUAUGGUGUGUUUUCCCCGAAGAACCUCGCACAGUGUCCCGCAACAGCAGGCCCCUCAUGUAAGUUAACUCAGUUUGUAAACCCAACUUCUGCACCUGCUUGUACAUUUUGUACUGUGCCUAGAGAAAUAGUGUCAUAUGAAGAGCUAAAGAGUUUACUGAGUAAGAAAGAAAUUACGUUAAUAGAUGUCAGAGAACAAUGGGAACUUCGGGAGUAUGGAAGAAUUCCAGGUUCCAUUAAUGUUCCAGUGGACCAGAUUGAGAAGGCUCUACAAAUGAAGCCAGAGAUUUUCAGAGAAGUGUAUGGUGCAGAGCUGCCCGUAAAGUCUGAUUCAAUCAUAUUUUCUUGCUUGGCUGGAGUACGAAGCAAAAGAGCUCUAGACCUUGCUGUGAAUUUGGGAUAUGUCAGGGCUCAGCAUUUUCCAGGUGGUUUUGAAGAAUGGCUGAAAUGUGAACAUCCUGAAAAAAGUCAGUGACACUUUUGAGCACUGACCUCUGCCAACUUAAUGUCUAUGAAAUGGAUAUGAAUUAAACUGUAAAAGGCAAUAAUAUAUUAUGUUCAUUUUUUUCUAUCAUUGUUUAAAUUCAAAAGUUUCAAAUGCUUUUCUGCAGGUAUAUUUUUUAAAUCAGAAUUGACCAUAAUUUAAUAUUCAACAGGUAUAUAUAUCAGUUACAUUUUGUACAAGAAAGAAUCAAUGAAUAAAUGCUCAGUGUUUUAUAUUGUAUGUAUAUGUGCAAAUAAAUAGAACACGUUUAUCUUCA